AUGGCUGCGGGCUCCGAUUCCGACUCCGAUCCCAAUCCUCAGCAUACCCGCAAUGUUCGAAAGCGCGCCCAGCAAUGGGUGACCAAAGGGGCUCUGGUCCGUGAAGACUCCGACGACGAACUCGGUGACGAAGACCACCCGUGGGACUGGAUCUAUGCACCGGAGCCAGAGACUACAGAUGAAGCUGAAGCCAAUGGUGCCAGCCCUACCAAAUCAAGCCGCCGCCGCCGCUCCUCUCGACCUGCCAGGAAAGGACCGACGAUUGUGGGCGCCCGCAUGGGCACUUUCGAGUGCCAUCUUGGCCAGGUAGUACUCUUGAAAUCGCCAGAACCGGGUAAGGACUGGGUUGGGAUCAUUACGGAGUUCGUGGAGGAAGAGGACGAAGACGAGGAAGACCAAAUGAUCAAGUCCGCCAACAUCAUGUGGUUCGCAUCCCCGGAUGAGUUCUUGUCGACUAGGAACAAGCGCAGGGCAGAUGCACUGCCGAAUGAGCAGUAUCUGACCGCGGACUUCAAUACCAACCCUCUUACUUCAAUCAAUGGCAAGGCUGUUGUGAUGUCCAAGGAUGUCUUCUUUGGGAAAUACCCGAACGGCACUCCUCCUAAGGACAAAACCGAACUGGCCGAGUACAACAAGUGCAUCGUUUGCCGUAGAGGUGUGAGUCAGGCGCAGGGUAGAUAUACGGACGAAUUUGUCUGGGAGGAGGUGUAUCAGGAAGACAAAAUCUUCGAUCUUAUCAACCUGAUCAAGGACGGGCUCAAAGCAGCCAAGAAGCGCAAGGUCGCGGAUGACGAUUACGUCGACGCCAAGGAGGAGAGUGAGGCUCCGACCACUCCUAGAAAAAGGCAACGAUUGGCAGGCAAUGCGACACCCAAGUCACAGCGCAAGAAGCCCUUGACGACACCCACCCAUAAGAGGAUCGUGGUGAAGAAGCCUCUUGAAUUUACGCCGCUUGGCACUCGUGUCCUCUCUCCAAACCACUUUGCCUCACCAUAUCGCCAAGCACGUAACCUACUGCAUGUGUCAACGGUGCCGGAUUCCCUUCCUUGUCGGAAAACCGAGUUCAAUUCAGUCUACAAUCAUCUUAGUGCGGCUAUCAUGGAAGGCACUGGGGCCUGUAUCUAUAUCUCAGGCACACCGGGUACCGGCAAGACCGCAACCGUGCGUGAAGUGGUGGCCCAGCUCAACGGUGCCGUUAUGGCUGAGGAAAUGGAUGACUUCAUCUUCGUUGAAAUUAACGGCAUGAAAGUCACCGACCCUCAUCAAUCCUACUCCCUCCUUUGGGAGGCCUUGAAAGGAGACCGAGUCUCUCCUUCUCAUGCCCUUGACCUCCUGGAGCGAGAGUUCUCCAACCCUUCGCCUCGCCGGGUCUCGUGCGUCGUGCUCAUGGAUGAGUUGGACCAGCUGGUCACCAAGAACCAGUCCGUCAUGUACAACUUCUUCAAUUGGCCCGCCCUUCGACACUCACGCCUCAUCGUUCUGGCUGUCGCCAACACUAUGGAUCUUCCCGAGCGAACACUUAGCAACAAGAUCUCCAGCCGUCUCGGUUUAACUCGUAUCACGUUCCCUGGUUACCGCCACAAUGAUCUGAUGGAGAUCAUCAGCACACGUCUGGCCAACGUCCCCGGCAAUAUCGUGGACCCAGACGCCAUCCAGUUCGCGAGCCGCAAAGUCGCCGCCGUCAGUGGUGACGCCCGUCGUGCACUAGACAUCUGUCGCCGCGCCGUUGAAAUUGCUGAACAAGACGCAGACGAAGCUGCCAACACCACCCUGGCUGCAAUUGAUGAAAACGAGGAACCACCCACUCCCAGUAAAACACCUGCACGGCGCAAUAAAAUGCUCACCGACAAGGGACAAGAAGACGCUCCUGCUUCGAAACCUCUAACAGGCAAAGGACAAACCGGGCGUGUCACAAUCGCUACCAUCAAACAAGCCAUCCAGGAGGCCACAUCCACUCCACUACAACAAUCCCUCCGCUGCCUCCCUCUUUCAGGAAAGCUCUUCCUGGCCGCCCUUCUCGCCCGUGUCGGCCGUACCGGUAUCACCGAGUCAACAUUCGGCGAUGUCCUCGACGAGGCACGUCGCAUCGCUGACGCAGCCGUCGCCCUGGCCGGAACCACUGGGGCCGGCGUCAAGGACUUCCUUCUUGGCGGAGGUGCGAGCGCAAGGGUGCGUGCAUUGGGCUUUGCCGCUAUGGAGCUGAUGAACUCUGGCGUCCUGGCUCUGGAGCAGGGCUCUGGCUCGAAGAGCGUGCUAGGCGGUUCUACGAUUCCUGCUCGGGGUGAUCGCAGUAGCAAGGUUCGACUGAGGGUUUCUCCGGAGGAUGUAAGGUCUGCUUUCCGGGAGGAUGUUGAUGCUAAGGGCUUUGGUCUCGGUACUGAACAGUGA